AUGUCGGCAUACACCCUCCUGCAGCCAGCAGAAGCAUUGGCACAAUCCUCAACCUCAUCCGAGCCAUUCCACAUCCUCAGCAAAUGCCUUCUUUUCCAGAACUUUGACGAACAUGAGUGGUGGCAUAAAUCCGGGCCAAUGCUGGCUAAGAUGCUCGCGGCUGCCGGGUACGACCUUCAUCGACAAUGUAUGCACCUAUGUCUCUACGCCCUCCAUGUGGUGCCUAUGAUGGGCCCAUUUCCAUCUAUCGGUCAAAACGGACUCUACGCAACCCGUUUCACCGGAAUGGGAACAUUGGAACUGAGCACCAACUUUGUACCGUCGAGGACUACAGUUCGGCUGAGCAUGGAGCCUAUCGCUUUUAGGGCUACAACCAGUCCUAACUAUUGCAAUCGAGUAAUUCUUGGCACGAUGUUGAAUCGUUUGAAGGAUGUCAGCAUUGCCAUGGAUCUGUCCUUAUACUAUCAAUUAGUCGAACGUCUUACUCUGACCGACGAAGAGGAGACAACUCUUAUGAGUUGCGAGAAGACAAGAAGCACUCCAUUCAAGUCACAAGCAGUUGUGGCACUAGACUUCGGAAAAGAGAACAUCCUCGUCAAGCUAUCGCUAAUUCCAACACUCAAAGCAUUGGUCACCGGAAUCUCCGAUUCUGAAUUGAUAUUCUCGGCAGUGGAGGUAGUCGACGAGGAUCGACAAUUCAAAGAUGCACUCGCAGUAUUGGAGGCAUAUUGCAUAUCGCUCCCAAACUCCGCUUCCGUACGCUGGGUUUGCUUCGACCUGGUCAACCCCAAGACAACCCGAUUCAAGAUCUAUCUCCUUCACAUGCAGGUGGACUUUCACCGCGUGAUUGAUCUCUGGACGAUGGGUGGUCGGCUUCAAGGUGCCGAGAUUAUGGCUGGAUUGAAUUUGCUGCGUGAACUGUGGGACACACUGGGUGUCUCUGACGAACAGCACGGGUCAAGCGAUGAACCGAACCAGGAGGGAAAGCCACGCCACCCAUUCCCCAAAAUUUAUAUGCCUCUGCAGGGGAUCAGUGAGAUGAUUAUCGCUAAAGCCGUCUCCACCUUCAUAGAAAGACAUGUUAACGCGGAACAGGGGAGGUCGUACAUUGGCAAUUUAUCUUCAUUCGUCCCAGGACUCGAUCUAAACAAGAGUACCCGCUUGCAGGUUUGGCUGUCUUUCUCCUAUGCGGAAAAGACAGGGCCCUACCUCACGAUGUACUACAAUUAG